CAUCUUCUCUCUUUCUGAACGCAGGCACCACUACGACCACCACGACCACCACCAUCUGCCAUCAGCACCAUCCACUUUUACUGCCACUGCCACCUUUAGGUUGACACUACUCCAGGCGACGGCAAUCCCAAAUCAGCCUUGAGAUCAUAUCCACGACAAGGACGACAACGACUAGACAGAGACGACAGGCGGACUAGCCUCCUCCUCUUCCUCCACCACACCACCACCACACCAAACAACUUGUGCGACAUCGACACAACAAAAAAAAACUACCCAUACAACCGCCGUCUCCCAGGGGGGGAAUUUGACCGCACACCACCCACCUACCUGGCCAACAGUGACCUGAGACGACCAAAAGAUCGGCAUUGCGCCCCUUUCUGUUCCCGCUCUGCCUCCGACCUCUUCCAUUUCCAUCCUAGUCCCCAGCAGUCACACUCACUCACUCACUCUCACUCCCACCACUCCAAUCGAUCCCUCGCCCAGUCGCUUCUCAAACGAAACGCAGUGAGCGCUGAGUGCCCCUCCCCGCACUUGACCCCUGCCGCGCGUGCCUACUACCUACAUACCAUACAAGCACACACUUUCCUGACCUCAGCCUCAUUCAUCAUCCACUUUCCUUCCUUCCUGCUUCUAACAUCGCUUUGUGCUUUUUCAACAAAACUGUCUCGGUCCCCCCCCCCUCUAUCCUCAUUCGCCUCUCGUCCCGAGUGCGCUUUUUCUUCCAUCCCGUCUCGUCUUCGGGCAAAGCAAUAUACACAUAGUAGUAGCCGCUGCCGCCGCCGCCGCCAUCCGCUAUCAUGGCUGCAACAUUUCGUCCCGUCAAUACGCCUCUGUCGCCCUCGGCCGACUCGCCAAUGGUGAUGGACUCGACAACAACAAUAACGUCACCAACCACACCCAGACCCAGCACUGCCCCGAGUCAGUCGUCGUCAUCCCGACAUUUGGACGACAACAACCACCACCCCGUGACGACGACGACACCCACUCGCACAACACCCAGCUUUGGAGCCGGCGUACUGGCCUCGCAACAGCCGCUUCCCACGUCGCCCUUCCCCGACUCCGUUCAGCUCCCCGACAUUACCGACCGUGGCAACAGCAUGCCCAGGCGAGAAAAUUCGCAGCACUCACGCAAGUCCAAGGACUCGGACGACAUGGAUAUGGAUGAGUCGGAUGGCGAGGGAGCGGGUGAGGACGGCCAUGCAUCGGACGAUGAGGAGAUCAACGCGGAUGGCACAAAGUCCAAGAAGAAGAAGUCGCAGAGAUUUUAUUGCACAGACUAUCCGCCAUGUAACCUCAGUUUCACCAGAAGUGAACACUUGGCACGACAUAUAAGGAAACACACUGGUGAAAGGCCGUUCCAGUGCCACUGCGGUCGCCGCUUCUCCCGUCUCGACAACCUCAGGCAGCAUGCCCAAACCGUGCACGUCAACGAAGAGAUCCCCGGCGAUUCGCUCGCCGCGACCGGAACUAGGUUCCAGAGGCAGAUCAGGACGGACAGGGUACGCCAAGCGGGUGGCAGGGCAAGGGCGGCUACCGCGGGUAGCGUCAUGCCCGUCGUGCGUGGCCAUUCCAAGUCCAUGUCCACGUCAAGCAUUCCCAACAUUAGCCAGCUAGGGGCUCCCUAUGGUGCCAGCGAUGCCCGCCGCCGCCCGCCGCCAUUGGUCAUGGCCGAUCCUCGCGCGAGGGUGUCGAUGGAAUACCAUGGUCCUGAUGGUGCCUAUCACCGGGGUGCUUCUCCGAGCGACUUUGGCACUCCCACUUCUGCCACCUUUUCGACCGGGCAGAACAGCCCCCGAUGGGGGCCCGGUAUGGUAUCGCCAAACUCUUCACACUCGCGCUCGCACAGUAUGUAUGUCGCCGGGGCUAGGACACCUGGCCGUCGUCUGAGCGUGCCUUCGGGAGGCAACCCGUUUCAGUCACCGCACGGCAGCAACGUUCGGGGUCCCCUCUUCGGUCCUUCCGGCAUCAACACAUCCAACAACGGUGCCUUCUCGCCCAGUCAGAGCACCCUGCUAGCAUCGCCCACGGUGUCGAACGCGAGCGGCUGGUCGCGGCGAGAUUCUCUGUCGAGCGUGGCUGAUGAUGCCUGGCGCCGGCGAACUUGGCACCCGGAAAGUCGUGAAUUUAAUAACGGCGUUAGCCGGUUGCGUGAAGUCAUCACGCCUUCGCAGUUUACCCAUGCUCCUCCCCCCAUUGCUAACCCAGCCAACCAAUCGCCACAGCCAUUCCGUUUGCCUGGAAUCGAAUCCUUCGACGAACCCCAUCGGCCGCUGUCGCCUCCCCGCCGUUUGCCAUCACCGAUGAUGGUUGAUGCUCCCCGGCCUGCUCAACACCAACCCCCUCACCCGAACGAGAUGGGCUUCAACCGACCCCGCGAACUGUCGGCCCAAUGGGAUACGAGCCUCCACCGUGGCUUGACGGGGCUCAAUAUCAAUACGCAGACCCCGCCUCGCGAUGGGGCUUCAGCAUGGGCAAACGACGUCAAUCAUGCUGCCAUGUCGCAAGCAGACCGUACCCGGGCCCCUCAGGGCCAACCAGGGGCGUAUCAGCAGACGGUGCGGUUCGAUACCGAAGUGCAGACCGUUCCUGCCCCUCUGUCUCGCCAGCACCAACAUCAGCAGCCAAGCGGACCACCACCACCACCGUACGGAAGGGGUCAUCACCAUACCAUGUCGGCUCCGUCGAUUACUUCACAGCCUACCAAGAGACAUGGUUGGUAUAACGGGUCGAGUGGGCCGGCCGGAGAGACGAUUCACGAGGGACGGGCGCGCGUGGACAGGAUCAUGCAUCCUAAUGUGGCGGCGUUUCAGGGGUUUCCUGCUAGGGACCGGGAACAACCACCGCAGCAGCAAGCGCCAUCUCCACAGCAUCAUCACCAGGGAUACCAGCAGCAGCAACAGCAGCAGCAGUAUCAACACCAAGGGCCACCGGUAGGACAUCAGCAACAGCAAGGAGGAGGACCACCGACGAUGGAAAGGAUUCUGGAGAAGCCACAUCCAAAUGCGCACGCGCACGGGCACCCCGCGCAUGCUCAUCCGCAUCAACACCCGCACGGUCCUCCAGCUGGCGGGGAUACGGCAUCGCUUAGGAGGCUGGAGGCGUUGGUGGCUGUGGCUGUGGGUUCGAGUGAGGGGACUACUGCUGCUGCUUAUUAGGGUGGGCAGGAGCGGGCGCAUGAUUAUAAACCCGCACCCAUGGGGUUUCCAGACAUCAUUGCAAACUCCACUGGAACGAGAAGAUGAGGAAAGUACUCAGCAACAAAGUACAAUGGGAAGAAGUGAACAAGGAUCGGCUCUAAAGGCGCUGUCGCUGUCGUCAUGAGCCAGGUGUUCUUCUGCUGCGGAACAGGGGAGGUGGGCGGAGUCAGCGGGGUGAGCAGGUCGAAGAAUACUGCGAGGAAGAUCAAGGCCGACUUGGAAAGCGAUUUACACGAUAUAAGCGGAGGAAAGCAGUAGCGAGAAUCAUUACCGGCUGACAAGCUAGGUCUACAACAAUGAUGACGACGAAGAAGGGGGUCGUGGGAACGAGGAAAGGAUUAUGGAAACGAAGAGGGGGUUGAUGAACACCACUUGAUGAUGACAUCUUUCUUUGGUACGACUUUGGAUCAUGGACAUGACGAAACUUUACACAACAUGGGAGCGCGCACACGGAACAUCUGCUCUUUUUUUGUCUUUCCCAUUUUGCUUUUAAAGUUUUCGUUUCUUUUAUCUGUCAUUCCCGGUCCGGCUUUAUGGUUUUUUGGGGGUUUGGUUUUGAUUUUGUUUGGUUACCUACAUGAUGGCGUUUAGGGACGGUAGGCAAGCACAGAGGGGCAAGGCAAGGGAGAAGGUCACGGAAGGGUCUCUAUCUAUCUAUCUAGCAGGGAAGGGGUUUCUUUUUUUUAGCACGGGAUGUGAGUAGGUAGCAUUUUUCGGGGUACAAGUUCUUCCUUUGCUGUUGUUGUUGUUGUGUGUGUGUCUGUGUUUUGUGUCUGUGAAUGGAUGGGCAGCAGGGCGGCAGGCAGGCAGGGCGGUGGCAUUUUGACGACUUUAUGUUUUUUUUUUCUCCUCCAGUUUCUCUCUCUUUCCUUUUUUUCCAUCCAUGAUGUUUGUUAGGGAGUACCACCAACUGAUUGAACACUACACUUGAGCAUUCGUUUGAUUCUGCAAGAAUAUGAUAUGAUACCUAGGUAUACCAAUUUUCGAGAAACUCUCCAAUCGUUUGA